UUUUUAUUUGAUGUAGUGACCUCAUUAUAGAUAUUGUGAGGAGUGUCUGAAUUUUUCAUUGUUAAAUAACAAAAGGUGUCUGGAUUACUCAUUACUUUCAGCUCUCUCCUAUUGUGGUUAUGUGUUCUUUUUAUGUUCAAAUGUAGAAUUCCUUGCUUUCAUUUUCACAAAAUGUUUUUUCUGAGUUUUCAGCUAAAUAGAGUUUUUUGUUUUAACGUGCCUUAUUAUAAUUAUUGGAGGGUAGAAAAUUUUCUAAAACUAACACUAGCUGCAGCGGAACUUCAUCUAAAAAAGUGGGAAGUGUUCAAGAUAUGUUUGGUAUGAAGGAAUAUAUUUUUUGGAGAAAGUUAUCCGCAAAAUAGGUCACUUUUUGGAUAAAAUAUUUUCCACUAGGUGGAAGAGAAAAUGUCUUACCUUACAUAUGGGUGGAAGUCGUUUUCCUUCACAAUUAUCCCAACUUAUUACUUCAGAUAGCUGCUCGACUAACACGUUGGACAUUAUUAUAAAUCUUUAUACUUAAAAGUUUCAUCAACACGCUAUCCAAUUUGCUAACAUUAUUAUUAACUAUUUGAUAAAAAAAUCGGAAAAUAUUUUCUACUCACCAACCAAACACCCGGAAACAUUUUUCCGGAAGAUAUUUUUCAGAAAAUGACAGUUUCCGGAACACGUGACUUAGAAGUUGCCUUUUGCUAACCCCUUGAGUAGAAUCUUGCAAGUGUGCAUUGAGCAUUUUAAAGAGUAUUUCAGGACGUUUCUUGGUACCUCGCAAUUCAAAAGUCUCUCCACGGCUGAAGAACAAAACACCCAUAGUGAAAUUUGAUUUUUUUCGUACUUUUACUUCAAUGUUCCCUCUGUUCUUGAGUUGUUAACUGAACCUUAGAGCUGUUCCGGGACAGUUUUUAAAAUCGUCACCAACAAGUGUUAGUUGUGGGUAAGCAGCUCCCAUUUCCAAUCACCCAAUUAUUGAAAUUUCUUCUAAAAAGAAGAUUCCAUAAAAUUUUGCCUCUCUACCCAACAGAAAAAACAUUCCAAGAAAUGCUCCCAGGCACGAUUACGGAGGUAGCUUUCUCUCUCUUCUGAAAGCUAAACAACCACUUCUCCGGCAAUUCUCUGGCAAGGAACUUAGUUUCUCCUUAAUCAUUCAGCGGUGAUUGCUCAGAAACUGGGUGUAAAUUCAACAUGGGGGAAGAAAAGAUUUAUUUUAACUCAGGUUUUAAAUCUUAUGAGAUCGCUAGAACCUAUUCAAGAUCUGAAAUCUGGUAUGACUGGGGGGAACGCAGCAGGAACAUGUUUCGGAGAUUAAGUUUCAGUCAUAAAAUCAUGAAGUGGAUUGUCUAUGUUCUUAAAAUGGCAUCUAAGGUUCAGACUAUGUCCGUCUUACGUUGGAAAACAAAUGAGUUCUUCUCUCAGUUUUAUGGCACAUUGAAGUAUAAUAAAUACGGCAGAUAUAUCAGCAUUAUUGCUAUACAAGGGGACAGCAGAUCAGUUACAAUAAUUCCAGAAGGUACAUUUAAAGAAGGAUGGGGGAAGAUAGCAUUAAAGAUGGAUAGAUUCAUUAAUGAUGCAAUCAUAGCGGAAGAAAAAGCCUUCAACCCAGUCAUUGCCUCCUCUUAUGCUGAACAACUCAGGGCCAACAAAUGGACGACAACAGAGACCAAACCUUCGCCGAUCAAGACUCAAAAUUCCAGAAUUAUUAUGUCUGGCAGCCAUAAGGCUUCAGAUAAUGAUCUUCUAGGAAGAUGUAUUGUUGGAAAAUUUCCCGAUUCUUUGAAGGAAAUACCAACACUCAACGAUGUCCGGAGAUGGGUCGCUUCAGUUUGGAAAUCUGCUCAUGGAGUAAAUGUUUAUGAGAUGAAUGACUCAUUCUUCUUGUUUGAAAUGCCGACAAGAAAAGCUGCUGAACAUGUGCUGACAGGGGAAUGGAGAUGGAAAAAGGUAAAGCUGAUACUUGAUUGGUGGUCUCCCACAGUUGGCUGCUGGCCAAAAAAUGCAGAAAGGAACUGGGUCUGGAUCCGACUUUUAGGGCUUCCUCUGAAUUUAUGGUCCCAAAAGGUCUUUAGCGAAAUCGGUAAUUUUUGCGGGGGAUGGAUUGAAACAGAAGAAGAAACUAGUCUGAAGAAUCACUUGCGCUGGGCCAGAAUUAAAGUGAAGGGAGAUGGUACCAAUGUACCGAAAGAAGUGGAAGUUGAAAGUGAUGGUUUUAUUUACACCAUCCCUAUAUGGUGUGAAAUUCCGGCGAGGGUGGAGGCCGGAAAUCUCUCUGGCAGUGAUUCUUUUGACCUAGCCGAGGAGAACCAGACCUGUGAGGAAGGUGAUGGGACUUCUCUUCCGCAGAAUACGAUUGAGCACGUGGGUACAUCGAUAGGAGUAAUCAAUUCAAAUCUGUUGACACGUGAGGAGGCACGUGCUAGGGACAAACAGGCUGCCUUGGUCCCAAUAGUUGUUAUUAAUAAGGAUUUGGGUUAUAGGCCCAUUAACUGUUAUGGGCCAACAGAUCCUUUGCUUUUAAAUAGAGCCCAAGAGUCACCAGCUAUUUUAAAAGACCUUGAUCCAAUGCUCCUGGAAUUAGAAGUCAAUUACAGUCAAUCCACAUCAGAAGGUUCGAGUAUUUCUAGCUUUAAAGCUAUCGAAAACUCUCCUAAACAGGUGGCCUUUCUCAAUUGCCUAGAGAAUGGAGCAGAACAAAACGAAGGAGUGAUUAUGCUGGAACAGAACAAUACAGAAGGAAUUCACAACCAACAAAGAGGACAACAAUCAUCUAAUAUGCAGAUAAUUGAAGUUUCUGAAGAGCAACCAUGGGUGUUAGAGAAUGCAGAACCAAUCGAUGUUCAACCUGUUGACGAAGAGAUGGAUGCAACGUUGUGGGUGCACAGCAAUAUAAUUCGCCUGAGCAACAAAUUUGGAGUAGAUUUUCAGGGAUGCGAAAAAGAGGCCCUUGCUCUCUUUAUCAAAAUCGAUAGCCAGAGAAAGAUUCACAGAGCAGAACCAAUCACAACAACACCUUCAACUCCAAGAUGGAAAGGUACUCAGGAACUCAAAGGUUUAGUUAAUUUUGAUGUCAAGUUCAAAAGCUUAGGGGACAAAAGCCGGGGGAAAUUCCAGUCAAUUGUUGAUCCAUGAAGAUAAACAUAAUCUCAUGGAAUGUUAGGGGGAUAAAUAGAAGGAGGAAGAGGAGCACUUUAAUGAGUUUAAUACACAAGUGUAGAGCUGAUAUUUACUGUCUUCAAGAAACCAAAGUAGAAGGGGAUAUAGAUGAGUAUGUAAAGCAACUAUGGGCAAAUAGAUGGGUGAAAUAUGAAUGUCUGCAAGCUAGUGAGACCAGAGGGGGGAUAUUAAUGAUGUGGGAUAGUAGAAUUUGGAAGGGUGAAGUUACAUGUACAGGAGUACACUCCUUGACUUGCAAAUUCAUGGCCACUGCCCAGGACUUUUCCUGGUAUCUAACAGGGGUAUAUGGUCCAAAUAGUAGAAGAGAAAAACAAGGAAUGUGGGAAGAAAUUGGGGCUGCCAGGGGUCUCUGUGGAGAUCUUUGGGUGGUAUGUGGUGACUUCAACACGCCCAGGUUUAUCUCAGAACAGAAGAAUUGUACCGCCCUAACAAGAGAUAUGAUUGAUUUUUCUGAUUUCAUAAAUGACAUGGAGCUUGUAGAUCUUCCUUUAAAUGGAGGCUUAUAUACAAGGAAUUGGGGAGGGUCUCAGGACUCUUCUUCCAGAAUUGAUAGAUUCCUCGUCUCAACACAUUGGAACGAGGAAUUUAGGAGUAUCAAACAGUCUACCCAACAGAGAGUAGCCUCAGAUCAUUUUCCUCUAGCAUUACAAUGUGGGGAUUUGGACUACAACAAAUCCUACUUCAAAUUUGAAAACUGGUGGUUAGGAGUAGAGGGGUUCAAUGAACAAGUGAAGAUUUGGUGGGACUCAUUUGUGUUUGCAGGCAGACCAGACUAUAUCCUGGCAAGCAAACUCAAAGCUUUAAAAGGGAAGUUAAAGGAGUGGAAUCUAUCAAAGCAUGGAAAUUUGGAGUCCAUCAAGAUCAAUAUCCUUAAUCAGAUUUCAGAGUUGGAUACAAUUCAGGAGCAGAGAAACUUGAAUGAAGAGGAAGUUUUAUUGAAAGCCAACUUGUUCAUGGAAUUUGAAGAGGUGGCAAAAAAUGAGGAGAUUGCUUGGAGGCAAAGGUCUAGGGCCUUGUGGUUGAAAGAGGGAGAUAAAAAUACUAAAUUCUUUCAGAGGACAGCAAAUGCACAUAAGAGGUACAACAACAUAGAUCAACUAGUGGUUAAUGGUGUAACACUAGAAGAGCCUGCUGCUAUUAAAGAAGAGAUAGUAAGGUUUUAUCAGCAUCUUUUUAUGGAGUCUGAAUUCUGGAGACCAAACUUUAACAUGGUGGACGGUCCUGCAAUCACUAAUGAAGAAAAAGAAUGGCUUCAAAGAUCUUUUGGGGAUUAAGAGGUGCAUGACUGCCUCAAACUCUGUGCUAUUGAUAAAAGCCCAGGUCCUGAUGGUUUUACUAUGGGUUUCUAUUCCAAUUGUUGGGAUAUCAUUAAAGGAGACAUAUUGCAAGCUAUUCAGAAUUUUCACAGCCAGGAGUUCUUUGAAAAGAGCCUAAAUGCCAGCUACAUUGCUUUGAUUCCAAAGAAAAAUGGGGCAAAAGAAUUAAAGGAUUACAGGCCUAUCAGUCUGAUAGGUAGUGUGUAGAAAAUUAUCUCUAAACUUUUGGCAGAAAGACUUAAAGUAGUGAUCUCUAAGCUGAUUGGCAAACACCAAAUGACUUUUAUUAAAGGAAGGCAAAUCAUGGAUGCUGCUCUUAUUGCCAAUGAAUGUAUUGACUCUAGAUUGAAGGAGAAGAAGCCAGGAAUCUUGUGCAAGUUAGAUAUAGAAAAAGCUUUUGACCACGUUAAUUGGGACUUCUUAAUAAACAUGCUGAGACAGAUGGGUUUUGGUACAAAAUGGACCAAUUGGAUCAGAUUUUGUAUUAGCACUGCCAGAUUUUCAGUGUUGGUUAACGGCUCGCCUGAAGGUUUCUUUCCCUCACACAGGGGAUUGAGGCAAGGGGAUCCCUUGUCCCCUUUUUUGUUCAUUAUAGCUAUGGAGGGAUUGAACAACAUGCUCCACACAGCGCAACAGAAUAAUUGGAUCAGGGGUUUCAGGCUAAACAACAGACAAGGUGCAAGUCUGGAGAUAUCACAUCUCCUCUACGCAGAUGAUGCCAUUAUUCUUUGUGAUGCUGAGAUAGAUCAGAUAAGGAUGCUGAGAGUUAUUCUUACAAUCUUUGAAGGCAUAUCAGGGCUUCAUAUUAACUGGGGGAAAAAGCCUAAUUUUCUCGGUUAAUGAACCUCGGCAGAUUCAGCAACUCGCGGGGAUUCUUGGUGGUGAAAUUGGUGUUUUUCCAACUAUUUAUCUUGGUAUGCCUUUGGGGGCUAAGUGUAGAUCCAUUGAUAUAUGGAAUGGGGUCUUGGAGAAAUGCGAAAAGAAACUAGCAAGGUAGAAAAGUCAAUAUCUCUCUUUAGGAGGCAGGUUAGUACUUAUCAAUAGUGUACUGGAUGCCCUUCCUACUUAUAUGAUGUCUUUGUUCCCUAUCCCUCCAAAAGUUGAAAGGAGAAUGGAUGCUUUAAGGAGAAAAUUUCUAUGGCAAGGCAACAAAGAAAGAAGAGUGUUUCAUUUAGUUAAGUGGAAGACAGUCACACUUAGCAAGAGGCAAGGAGGCAUGAGAAUAAAAAAUUUGAGGAAACAAAACCAAAGCUUACUCAUGAAAUGGCUGUGGAGAUUCACAACAGAAGAACAAUCAUUAUGGAGGAUGGUUAUUAAAGACAAGUAUGGAGAGGCAGGGCCCUGGAAAACAAAGAUAGUAAACACUACCUAUGGGGUUAGCGUCCGGAAGACAAUCAGAAAUCUUUGGCAAAUCUUCAGCAACAAAAUCAGCUAUAAAGUGGGUAGUGGACAGAACAUUUCUUUUUGGGAAGACUAUUGGUUGGGACAGGAGCCUCUUAAGACAAUGUACCCAGACAUUUUCUCAAUUAAUCAGCAGCAGAAGGCCACUGUGAACGAGGUUUGGUCAGCUCAAGGGUGGAAUCUCACUUAUAGAAGACUCUUAAAUGAUUGGGAAAUCAAUAGAAUGACAGAUUUUUACAACGAACUCAAUCAAUUCACUGGGGUCAAUCAGGACGUAGACAAGGUGUGGUGGUUGGGGCACAGCUCAGGAAGGUUCUCAGUCAAGUCUUCCUACCAUAUGCUUAAUCAAACUAAUAUUAUGAUUGAUCUUUGGCCCUGGAAACACAUAUGGAAAGUAAGAAUACCCUACAAAGUGGCUUGUUUUGUUUGGUUGGUUGCUAGAAACGCUUGUUUAACACAUGAUAAUUUGAGGAGAAGAGGAAUAUCUUUGUGCUCUAGAUGUCACCUAUGCGGAAGGGAGGAGGAAACCAACAGUCACCUUUUUCUGCACUGUUCGGUGACGGUUCAGGUUUGGAACAUAUUUAUAGCACUCACAGGGAUUCAAUGGGUCAUGCCCAACAGCACCAUGGAAAUGUUGUCAUGUUGGAACAAGGGGAGAAGAUCUGUAAGUGACAAGAAGAGAUGGGGUAUGAUUCCUGCAUGCAUAUGGUGGACGCUUUGGAAUGAGAGGAAUUCAAGAUGUUUUGAAGACAAUGCUAACUCAAUUCAGAAGAUUAAAAUGAAUUGCUUAAUGCUUUUUCAUUUUUGGUGUAAACUUGAAUACAUAGAGGACUCAGAAGCUAUAAUAGAUGUCCUUGGGUCUUUGUAAGAAGAUAGAUAAAUUGAUGUAUAUUUUUGGUUAUACCCUAUGUAAUUAUGGCAUGCACAGCCUUUGUGCUUUUGAAUAUAGCAAACUGUUAUCAUCUCAAAAAAAA